ACACUGCCUCCAAGCUCGAGCUCCCCCAAUUCCCAAAUCCCAAACCCUAGGCGACUGCGGGCGGCGGCGGCGCUCAGCUUGGCGGCGCGCGGCAGUCGGCACGGGUGCACGACGGUCUGCGGCGGCGCUCAGCUCAGCUCGGGCUGCUCGGCUCGGCGGCGCGCCGCGCGGGAAACGGCGCGUGCUCAGCCCCGCGCGCGGCGGCGCGCGGCAGUCGGCACGGGCGCACGGCGUUCUGCGGCGACGCUCAGCUCGGCUCGGCGGCGCUCAGCUCAGCUCGGGCUGCUCGGCUCGGCGGGGCCGGCGGCCAGGCGGCGCGUCCGCGCAGGAAACGGCGCGUGCUCGGCGCCGCGCGCAGGGCGUCGCGGCGACCGGCGCCGGCGCGGCGAGCCAGCGCGCCAGACUGCCAGGGGAGCGGGCGAGCGGCGCAAGCUGCAAGCAAGCCCCGAGGCGGCGCGGCAGCAGGCAGGCCCACACGCAGAGGGCGAGGAGACAGAGGGCGACGCGCGGCUUCGGCGAAACGACCGAACAACGAAUCCACGGGCUGCGUCGGGCGUCCUCUCCCCGGCACGUGUCGCUCAGGGAGCGUUCGACUGCUCCCGUCGCUCCCCCUCCAGGGCGCAUAGUAAUAAGAGUUGAAAGAGUUGUUAAUUUGAGGCUGUACAGUUCCAUCAGCAAUGAUUUAUUGUACUCACUGUGCUGAUUACUGCCCCUCCAUAAAGGACCCCGACAAAGGAUACAUAUGCUGUGGUACAUGUGGAAAGGUUCUUGAUCAGGAAAUAUAUACUGAUGAGCCUAAUUUUGUUAAAGAUAGCACGGGGCAGAGCCGCUUGGCUGGAAGUAUUCUGACAAGCAUUGAGUCUGGAUAUUCAAUGUCCCAUCAAAGAACUGUAGAAAAAGGGAAGGAUGAGAUUAGUCAGAUUGUCAAUAACUUACAUGUCAGCGGUGGAGAUACUAUCAUUUCGAAGGCUCUUAAAUACUAUGAGCUAGCUCUUGACCGUAAUUUUACAAGGGGUCGUAGAACAACACAUGUUGCAGCUGCUUGCCUUUACAUUGCCUGCCGGCAAAGUAAAAAAGCUUAUCUUCUUAUCGAUUUCUCUGACUAUCUGCAAAUAAGUGUUUAUGUCCUAGGUGCUGUUUUUCUCCAACUUUGCCAAGUUUUGCUACUCGCAAAUCAUCCAUUUGUUCAAAAGCUUAUAGAUCCCAGCCUUUUCAUCCAUCGUUUUACUCAACGUUUGCUGGGGAAAAGGGAUAAUGCUGUAUCAGACACAGCUUUACGCAUUAUAGCUAGCAUGAAGCGAGACUGGAUGCAGACUGGUAGGAAGCCGAGUGGAUUGUGUGGUGCAGCAUUAUACAUUGCUGCACUCUCUCAUGGGUAUAAUUACACCAAGGCAGAUAUUGUUUCUGUUGUGCAUGUGUGUGAAGCCACUCUAACUAAGCGAUUGAUAGAGUUCGAAAAUACAGAUGCGGGCAGCUUAACGAUUGAAGAAUUUCUGGCGACAGCUGAUGAAUGUAAUCAAGAGUCUGUUCCAAAAUGUUCACUCAAGCCUGGAGAAGUUCUUUGCAAGCACAAGGAUAAAUGUUCUGAGCAUUUUGCUCAUGGACUUUGUGAAAAAUGCUACAACAAGUUCACUAAACUCUCAGGUGGACUAGAAGGUGGUUGUGACCCUCCAGCAUUCCAACGAGCUGAAAAGCUAAGACUUGAAGCUGCUAAAAGGGCUGAAGAUGCUGCAGCAGCAAAGGAGGCAGUGCUGGAAGAAUCUCUUUGUGACACACAGAAUUCUGAUGUUGAGAAUACCAUAACUCCUAGUAAGGGUAUAAGCAGAGAUAAAUCUUCAGAAGUUGCAUCUGAGGGAUGCACAAAUGACUCCAUACCGUCCAAAGAUCCUGAAGGAGGAGGUGAAAAUUGUGAAGGCGAUGCUGAUCCAGAAAGCCUUUCUGAUAUUGAUGAUGUAGAGGUUGAUUGGUACCUUCACAAUGAGGAAGAAACACAAUAUAAAAAGAUUAUCUGGGAGGAAAUGAACAAAGAGUACCUUGAGGAACAAGCAGCAAAGGAAGCUUUGGCAGCUGAGUUGGUAGCUAGAGGUGUUGAUGUGGAAGAGGGAAAAAAGAAAAAACGAAGACGUAAUGAAGACACCAAGAGCUCAAAACCUGCUGAAACACCAGCAGCAGCAACAUACAACAUGCUGAAACGAAAGGGACUUGGUUCAAAGGUUAGUGAGGGAGCCGUCGACGAAUUAUACAAGACUAAAGAUGACAAUGGCAGCGCACAUAAGAAAGAAGAGAUGGAUUUCGAUGCACAGUAUGGGCAGGACAAUGCUGAUGGUGAAACAUUCGAUCAUGGUUACUACAGCUAUGAUGGUUAUGACGAUGGCGCAGGAGGCUACAAUGGCUUUGAUGAUUUUGAUUUCGAGUAGCAGCAUUUGCAGAACGGCGUGCUGAUCAGAGCAUGACCUUUUGGGACAAACUAGAAGUUAAUCCAGAAGAGAUCGGGCAAAAGAAUAUUCAUCUGUACACUAUAAUACUUUUGAUCGGAUCAACAAUUUGUCUAUUAUGUUGCUUACGAUGGUCAACGUAGUUCUGCUUGUAUAAUGUGUGAAACUACUAACUAGGUUCAACCAGGUUGUAAUUGUAACUAACUGCACCAUUGCAUGGUUUAGUAUAUAUAAGUUACGUGUGACCAAGGCAUCGUAUAUCAA